GUGGUUGGACGCCAAGAUAUCAAGGUCCCAACACUAAGAUCGACUUUUAAGGUUCAUUGUAAUAAAGUGAUUGGAGAAUUUCGCCCAGUUGUACUAUUCGAAGUAUUAAAAUAUGACAGCAACGAGCCUUCUGGUCAUUUUCUGUACGCUUCUGAGAAAAAUAGGCCUAUGUACGUUGUGAAAAAUCCAGAUUUUAAAGAGGCUGGGGUGAAUUUUGUUCUUGAACGCUGGAAGGCUGGCAGUCAGAUAGGAAUCGGAACCAUAGAUCCAAAAAAAUGGUUGAGCUUUCGGGACGAUGGAGACGGAGAUAUUGAUGUCUAUAGUGCGUCUACAAGUCAGUUUCCGAUUCCAAAUGUUUCAGAAAGAUACUCCAUCGAAAUUAUAUCUAAAGAAUGCGUAGAAACGCCUUUCGAUCAGUUAAUCUUGGCAGCUCCAGAGAAAACGAGUGCAGACGAUUGUGAGAAACUACCAGAUCGAUGCUUCUUGUCCCUAGGUUGGGACUACAGGAUGAGACAAAUGCAACCAGGAUACUGUUACUACAGGAAAGGUUCUAUGUGCUUCAAACCAAGUCAACGCUAUAAAGAUGUAAGAUAUAAAAACCCGAAAGACUGUGAAUCUAACGGCUUGUGUUGGGACUAUCUUGCCAAAUAUUGUUAUCUUGGAGUUGAUCCAGGAAAAUAA